ACUGGCGCAUCCCAGUCGGGCGGUUGAGCAUCUGUGAUUGGUUGACAUGAGCUCAACGGGAGUUCCUUGGUGCAAGAGAGGAACCGGUGGGCACGAAACAGGAGUAAUUGGUGUAAAAUGGCGCUGUCUCAAGGAACAAAGAAAAAAGUUUGCUAUUAUUAUGACGGGGAUGUGGGGAACUACUACUACGGCCAGGGCCAUCCCAUGAAACCCCACAGGAUCCGCAUGACACACAACCUCCUUCUCAACUAUGGACUCUAUAGGAAAAUGGAGAUCUAUAGGCCACACAAAGCCAGCGGUGAAGAGAUGACAAAAUACCACAGUGACGACUACAUUAAGUUCCUGAGGUCCAUCCGACCAGACAACAUGUCUGAGUAUAGCAAACAGAUGCAGAGAUUCAAUGUCGGAGAGGACUGUCCCGUGUUCGAUGGCCUGUUUGAGUUUUGCCAACUCUCAACAGGUGGAUCUGUUGCUGGGGCAUUAAAGCUGAACAAGCAGCAGACAGACAUCGCCAUCAACUGGGCCGGCGGACUCCACCACGCCAAGAAGUCUGAGGCAUCAGGUUUCUGCUACGUCAACGACAUCGUCCUGGCCAUCCUCGAGCUGCUCAAGUACCACCAGAGGGUGUUGUACAUUGACAUUGACAUCCAUCACGGUGAUGGAGUGGAGGAGGCCUUCUACACCACAGACAGAGUCAUGACUGUCUCUUUCCACAAGUAUGGGGAAUACUUCCCCGGCACUGGAGACCUGAGGGACAUUGGAGCAGGAAAGGGCAAGUACUAUGCAGUAAACUACCCUCUUCGAGACGGUAUUGAUGAUGAGUCCUACGAAGCCAUCUUCAAACCUAUCAUGGCUAAAGUCAUGGAGAUGUACCAGCCAAGUGCUGUUGUACUCCAGUGUGGAGCUGAUUCUCUCUCUGGGGACAGACUGGGCUGCUUCAACCUCACCAUCAAAGGUCACGCCAAAUGUGUUGAGUACAUCAAAAGUUUCAACUUGCCCCUGCUGAUGCUGGGUGGUGGAGGCUACACCAUUCGCAACGUGGCCCGUUGCUGGACCUAUGAAACUGCCGUGGCCUUGGACUGCUCAAUCCCUAACGAGCUUCCCUAUAAUGAUUACUUUGAGUACUUUGGGCCCGACUUCAAGCUGCACAUCAGCCCGUCCAAUAUGACCAACCAGAACACCAACGAAUACCUGGAGAAGAUCAAGCAGCGUCUGUUUGAAAACCUCCGUAUGCUGCCUCAUGCACCCGGCGUCCAAAUGCAGGCGAUCCCAGAGGACGCUCCCCACCCGGACAGCGGAGACGAGGAUGAGGAGGACCCCGAUAAACGCAUCUCUAUCCGAGCCCACGACAAAAGGAUAGCCUGUGACGAGGAGUUUUCUGACUCUGAGGAUGAGGCGGAGGGGCAGGGAGGAGGCCGCAGGAAUGCAGCCAACCACAAGAAGGCAAAACGAGUGAAGAAGGAGGAAGAGAAGGAAGGAGAGGAAAAGAAAGAAGUGAAAGAAGAGGAGAAGGAGGAGGAGAAGAUGGACACAUCUGGACCAAAAGAAGAAGUGAAGGCAACCUGAAGUCUGGCAGGGGAGAAAUGAAAGGUCCACCUGUUCUCAAGCCCCUCCAAUUCCUGUAAUUCUCCUGCUGCAAAAGAUAGGACCUUUUUUGUAUUCCUAUUUCAUCAUGUGUUCUUAUGAGCAAACCUGGCUUACACUGUAUUAUUAUUUUUUUAUUUGCAUUCAUUUCCAAGCACAUUGAGGCACCAGUUGAGUGGGUGUUGCACAGACACAGCUGCGUAUGCGAUCAUAAAUUUAGCACAAAUGUCUGAUUGAGAAUCUGCCCGUUUCUGCACUAUGUGUUGAGUGUAAAACCCACCCAACUGGACCUGCAUGUAGUAUAAAACAAACACCAUGAAUCCUCUCAGCUGUUGUGUGAACCAGGUCUGCUUUAAUGUGAAGAAAACCACCCCACUUGUUACUGUUCCUAUCACGGCACUUCAAAUUCAAACAAGUUUGUGGGGCUCGCGCCAAAAUCUCUGCAGAGACGUAGAAGAAGUUGAAAUUUAGCGCUGACAUGUAAAAAGGCUUUUCUAUUUAUGAUACUGUUAGAAUAACCAGCAUUUGGCAAACUGUUGUUUGGCUUGCUGUGUUAAUUUAUCAGUGAAUGCAUGUUUAGAAUGAUCUCGCCUUUAGCAUGUACAUAUCACAGUCCCUGAUCUCUGUUCAGUAAGUUAUUUUAAAUACAUGUGUCCCUUUAGCCCGUGUUUAUGCUGUUAUAUUCUUCCUGCAUCGUUUGUAUGUUGAAGUAUGAAUGAGUGUGAACCUUUCCAGAGGCUUAUGUUGGGAAGUGAGCGACUUGUUUUAGAUUUUUUGUACCAUUAUACAUUAAAGUAGAGUGGGCUACUAAAA